AAAUGCUGAGUCUCCCGAGCAUCGUGGGCCCGGACGAAUCACCUGUUCACUACCUGUUUACGUUCCAAACGGAGCAACAAAACCCUCCCCCACUAAAAAAAAACAAUAAUAAAAAUGAAUUAUUGAGAACGACGAGUGCCCGCAGCCGCCCCUAAACACUACACCUAGUUCACGAAUUGCUACGUGUUCUCCACAUUCUUCAUUCUUGUCACCAAAACUGAGAAAAUUAUUCCUCGCAUAACAAGACAAGUGUUUUCCAAUCAUCUGUUGAGUGAAGUUCGAUUGUAUUGGUCAGUACCAGGCAUCAAUGGCGGUCUAUCAUUCUUCUUUCGGGGAAAUUGGGGGUUAUUCCGGUGACAAACGGAGCACAGUGUUCCCAUGACCCCAAGGGUAACAAGUAAUAUCUUAGAAUUAGUGAAAAUAAAAGAGUGGUGAUAACAGAUAAAUCGACCCAAAGGAUUGACAAGUAGAUUAUUAGGAAUUUUUGAUGAGAGAGAUGAUGAGCAAUAGCUGAAGGAUUGAACAAGUAAAUUAUGGCUAUGAGGAAACGAAGUGGCUCUGGCUCGAAGCGCCAGCACAAAGGGAAGCUCGUGCCUAUCUACGAGAGCCUCUUCAGGGGAGAGGACCUCACGCAGUCGCAUCCCAAUUUCUGGAAUGAAUUGUUCCUCAUCAAACCGAUGGUGCCUCAAAUCGAGGCUGAGAUUCUUCGCCUCAGCAGCGACCAGCUCCACACCUGCAAAGCCAACCUGAACUCCCUAGUCUGUCACUGCGUGGACACCCUAGUUGACGAGCACCCCUUCCGCGUGGUGUACGCCCUGCAGACCCUGGCGGCAGUGAUCCAGUCAAUGUACAAAAAAGCUAGUCAAAUUGACAGCGACUUCAGCUUAAUCGACAUUCUCGUCGGCUUGGAGUCGGCAGAGCAGCGGAUGACGACCCUCAUGCAGCACUGCAACAACUUCCUGACGGGCGAGUACCCAGACAGCCUGAAAGCCCUCUGCCUCAAGCUCCUCCUGAUCAUCACGACAGGCAUGGACAACCUCAACCAGAACUCCCUCCUCGAGCACGUCAUGGUGAACGGUGUCUUCGAGUCGUUGAUCCAACUCCUGCGGUCAACGGCGUCUCGAAAUCGUCAUGGGAAUGAUGCAGUUCUUCUUUUAACUCUCCUAGUCAACUACAGAAAGCACGAGAGCACGAAUCCUCACAUUGUGAAGCUGUCGAUCCUCGAUGAUGAGCUGGCUCUCAAUGGGUAUGGCCAGGUCAUCUCGAGCUCCCUCACGGACUUCUGCAGACUUUUUGUGCAACAGAAAGCGGAGGUGCAGACCUCGUGGCUGUCUUCACUCACCAGCAUGGUGGGAAGCAUGUUCAUAGGUGAAGAGGAAGCCAACAACCAGCAAGUCCGGGCGAACAACGCCCUCCUGCUGGCGCUGUACGAGGCAACCCACCUGAACCGCAACUUUGUCACGACCCUGGCGUUCACCCAGAGUGACACAUCAGCCCCCCCAUCCCCGAACAACACCCUGGGUCCGAACGCAGUGGCGCCAACCCAGCCCCCUGACAUAAUAACCCAGCCCUUCAACCUCCUCGCGACCUUCCUGCAGUACUGCUCGAUCGUGAUGCAGGUAAUCAGGACCGAGGCCAUCCUGAACAACGUCAAGCUCUGCUUCUUGAUCCUGAGUUGCAUUGCUGAGGACCAGUACGCCAACUCCUUGAUGCACGACGCCAAUCUGGCAUUUCGAGUGCAGCUGCAUCGAGUGCCAAUGCACCACAGGAAGAUCCACGACAAGGCAGCCCCCACCCAGCCCCUGGCUGCCACUCUCCUGGACCUGCUGGUGGAGUUCAUCACCUCUCACAUGAUGAAGAAGUUCCCUCUGGAGCUGUACCACCAGUGCAUAGGGGUCCUCCAGAGAUUACUGUGCUAUCAGAAGAGGUGUGGGGUGAGGCUGGGGUACCACUGGAAGGACCUCUGGACAGCAUUGUUCAAUUUACUUAAAUUCCUGACGACCCAUGAGGCGCAUCUCGUGAAGAAGAUGAACAUCUUUCCCCUGGCCAUCCAAGUCGUCAACAUUCUGAAUCUCUUCAUCACGUAUGGGGACACAUUCCUCUCGUUGCCCAGCAGUUACGACGAACUUUUCUACGAGAUCAUCAGAAUGAGACUGAUAUUCACCAAUCUGAAUGCCAUGGCACUGAGGUACUCGACGAUGGAGGCGUAUGAGUACAAGGAGCAUGCACUCAAGCUGAUGAAUUGUUUGGUGAAUAUGAGGGAUAUUGUUAAUCACUUUCCACCGAAAAUCGCAGCCUGGCUCGCUGCGGAGAGCCUCUCGACUCCGACUGAGCAACAGAUCAUGGCGAUUAUCAUUCAGAAUUAUGAUACGCUAGGACUGAAGCUGCAGGAUAAUCUUGAUCAGUAUGAGAGGUAUUCGGAGAAGCCUAAUCAUAAUGGCUUUUUUGAGGAGAUGGUAACUGGAGUAAUUAUUGACACCCGUGCCUCGAUAGACUUGAACGCCCUGGACACCCAGGAGAUCCUCCAGGAGCUCUCCAACAUCUCGUAGUCCCCGUAUAAACCCUCCAACCGUACUCAUCACCAUCAAUCAAACGAUCAAUUUCACCUCCACGCUCAGAAUACUGGAGUCAAUGAAAUGCGCCUUCAAGGUUUACAAAAAAAUAUGUAUAUUAUUCAAGAAUAUUUAAAGAAACAAGAGUGUUCAUCGAGAAAUGUCCCGAACUGAUGAAUGAUAUUUUUUAACGAGUGUUCAGCUCUGCUCUGUAAGUAAAUGCCUUUUGAAAGAA